UUAUCUUGCACACAGAAAUUGCACUGCAAGGAAAGUAUAAAAAGUGGGAGAAGAUGUGACCACAAAGAUUUGGAUCAGGCGUAAAGUCUUUGUGUUCCAUGUGAAGAUCUACAAGCCAGAAAAUUUUCAGGUACCCAUGAACCCUAAGCUUUUAUGGACUGCUUCUAUAUGAUAAGGGUCAUCCCAUGCUUUAAAUUCUUGGAGCCUAUUCCCACAGAUGAAUUGAUUAACAUAAAACCAAAAUGUACUUUAAGCCAAAGACGGCAAAAGCCAGUUGAACAUACAAAGAAUUGCUUAUAAUGAGCCAUUUCUCUGAUGAGAAAAGUAGCUUGAAGCUUGUGUGAAUACUUAAGAGGAAAGACCAGAACCUGGGAAUCUUAAGCCUUUAAGCAACCUUUGCUCCAAGCGAUUCUAUAAUUCUUUUGCUCUAAAUGGUGACAAACUUGAAACAACUCACAUUUGUCAUCAUCCUGUCGGGCCUGUAUAUGAAUUUUCUCUCUUUUUCUUUACUAAAAUGCCAAAAAGAAGAGCUGUUACACAUGCUGAUCUUGCGCCAAGUCCUCCUGGCACAGAGUUGGGUAGCAAAACUGGUAUUUCUCUCAUAGUAUUGACCAUUCUCUGUGGCUUAUGUUGCUUCAUUCUUUGUCUCAUAGCCGAAGCCACUCGUUCCCAGAUGACAUGGGAGAGCAAAGGGAGUGAAGGCAAAGAAAAUGAAUGUGUGUACAGUGGCAGCGGGAAGACCCCAUUGUUGUGCUCUGCAAUUGCAUUUGUUGGAUUGGCAGUGACCAUGGUGGUGGAGCAUAUGUACUUGUUGAUCGCCAUCAGCCAAUCGCCGCCUUUGGCAUUGGGUUCUUGGGAUACUGAUGCUUCCCCAGUCAAGAGUUUGACAUGGCAAGCAGGCUUUUUCUUUGUUACAACUUGGAUUUGCUUUGCCGUUGCAGAGAUUCUGUUGCUGAUUGGGUUAAGUAUAGAGUCAGGCCAUUUGAAGAACUGGUCUAGACCAAGACCAACUUGUCUAGUAAUCAAAGAAGGCUUGUUUUCUGCAGCUGGGGUUUUUGCAUUAUUGACAGUCUUCCUUGCAGCCGGUCUAUACUUGACGGCAUUGCGCACACAGAAAGUAUCCGAACAACACGAAAACGUGCGGCGAGAGGUUCUUGAGGCAUCUGCACUCUUUGUUUCUCCACCAGGAUCACCCCAACUCACCACCAUUCCAAGGGAGAAUCCAAUUCGCAGCAGAGAUAUCCAGCAGCAGCCCUCUUUGGCAUUUUCUUCAGCUUUUACCAAGCACUCAAAUGCAGUGUAAUCUGUAUAUAUAGCACCGAAGAAAUUCAUCAACCUCCAAUUUAUGCAAGUAAAAUGGAGAAACAAACAAACUGUACAAAUGAAUCAAACUGUUUUGUACAUAAUUUUUUAUUUAAUAUUGAGUGUUUCUUAAUUAUUUCCUGA